AGGAGAGGCAGAGCGAGGGCAACGCCUCAAAGCACCGGGAAGCUCUCUCUAUCCAUCUCCAUCUCUCUCCCCUUUUCCCUCUCUCUCCUCUGUGAAGCGUAAAGCGACCUGUCGUCUGGAUGUGGCUGCAGCUCUCGCCUUUUGUCGCCACUGAAUAGCCGCCCAGCGUUUAUUCCUACACCAAAGAAUGAAGUGGUGACCAGCUCCUCGGAUUGUUGCUCUUUUUUUUCCCCCCCUCAGUGGCGUCAUCUUUGUUGGGGGAGUGGGGAAAGAGGUUAGUGGACCUUUUUUCCAGCUGAGAAGCAAGAGGCGUUUGUGUGACAGGCAAGGGGGGGCAUGCCUUCCUAGCAGGUAGACAUUCGGGGUGCGAUGCCGCCGCUUGAACUCUGACCUGACACAAGCAGGACAAAGCAAAAAAAAGGGGGUUAUUCUUCUUCAAGGGUUUUUUUGUUCUUUCUUUGCUGUCAUCAUGGACAUCAACCUCCAGUCGCACCGCUUCUACUUCCCUCAGAUCUACUGUGCCGAGCCGGGGGCGCAGCCGCAGCUGACCGAGUUCAAAGUCAGUGAACAGAGCAUCUGCCAGGCGCGGGCCUCCGUCAUGGUCUACGACGACACCAGCAAGAAGUGGGUGCCCAUCAAGCCGGGCCAGCAGGGAUUCAGCCGCAUCAACAUCUACCACAACACCGGCAACAACACCUUCAGGGUGGUCGGCGUCAAGCUGCAGGACCAGCAGGUGGUCAUCAACUACUCUAUCGUGAAGGGCCUUAAGUACAACCAGGCCACGCCCACCUUCCACCAAUGGCGGGACGCCCGGCAGGUCUACGGCCUCAACUUUGCCAGCAAGGAGGAGGCCACCACCUUCUCCAACGCCAUGCUCUUUGCCCUCAACGUGCUCAGCGCCCAGGAUGGAGGUCCAGCUGUGCAGCGUCAAGUCCAAAAUGGACCCACCUCGGAAGAGGUGGAAGCCCAGAGAGCGAGGCAGAUGAUGGAGCAGCAGCAGCAGAUGCAAGCCCACAUGGAGCGAGAGCGACGCUCCUCCAACUCAGGUUCUCCUUUCCAAGGCCACCCCGCGGUGCUCUCUGUGGCGCCCCCCGUCGUACCUCCCCCCGCCAACAUGGGGGCGGCUCCUCCUCCACCGCCGCCACCCCCGGGGCCUCCGCCGCCUUCCGCCGGGGCACCUCCGCCUCCCCUCCCUCCUCCGCUGCCGAGUCACGGGGAGGAGCCGGCGGCCCCGACGGGUCUCGCCGCCAUGAUUGCGGGCGCCAAGCUGCGCCGCGUUCAAAGACCGGAGGACAGCACGCCCAGCGCCAAGAACGAAGUCAACCGGACGAGCGGCGGCAGCGGAGGGCUGAUGGAGGAGAUGAACGCUCUGUUGGCGCGAAGAAGAAAAGCAGCGUCAGAGAAGCCGGAAGACAACCAAAAUGAUGACCCAAAUUCUUCAUCGCCCAACACCAGGGGGAGUCACAACUCCACAGAUGGUGCUAAAAAGCCCUGGGACCGAGCCAACUCCGUGGACAGGUCCAUGGCUGCAAGGAUACGACCAGCGGGGAGUGCCAACGACACAGACUCGCUAGACAUGGAUAGAAUGAAACAGGAAAUCUUGGAAGAAGUGUUCCGUGAGUUGCACAAAGUGAAGGAAGAAAUAAUUGAUGCCAUUAGACAUGAACUCAGUCGAGUUAGCACGACAUAAUCUUCCAGAAACACGCGCCUCUUUAAGCAGAAGGAGGACGAGGAGGAGGAGAAGUCAGGCUCAAACUGUGACAUUCACUGUGGUGUUGAGGCGCCGCCAUGUUGCUGUGACACUUGUGAGUGACAAGUGUGUGUGACAUUGACUUUGUGCUUCUCCAGGGAGCCGUGUGUGUGUGUGUGUGUGUGUGUGUGUGUGUGUGUGUGAAGGGACGCUAUACAAUUUUUACAUUUCUGUCUCUUUGUUGCCCACUUUGUUCCUCUGUCUCUGUUUGGCUGAAAGAACACUAGAAGAUUCUAUAUAUUUGGAUUGUUUUAUGCUUUUCAAAGGAUUAUUUCACAUUUUUACAUGUUUACUCUCAUUCUUAUUACCCUUACUUUCAUAUUUCUCAUUAUUGAUGUAUUCCUAGAGGAAACGUCAUCAGUAACAAUGAGGAGAAUAUGAUAGUAAAGAUAAAACUAUUAUUGCA